UGUCGAUGACCCGAAACCAAGGAUCUUGGCGAACCUCGCGAAUGGGGCCCCGGCUUGACCAAGGGAUAUGGGGUGUAAGUGGCCGGUUAAAAGGAAGGCUGAGAUGGCCAUAUGCUCUGGCUGUCCGGAUACGCGGCCUAGCGAAUCAUGCUGGACAGCUGACCUGACGUGAAUUCAUGCUCCUAAUUGCCUCCCUAGAGAAUUGAAAUAGAAGAAGCUGCUCUUCGGUCGACUUUGACAUUAUCACUUGUUGAACAUCAUCAUCAACAACAAAAAAACAACAUCAACAAUGGCGACAAAUGGAGUCAACGGCCAUGUUGCCGUCAAUGGAGGCAGCCCUUCAAGCUCGCAACCGCUUGAUCUCACCGUAUUGGGAAUGAACAGCGGCACAUCGAUGGAUGGUAUUGAUUGUGCCUUGUGCCACUUCAGGCAAGAAACACCAGACUCACCCAUGCACUUCUCCCUUCUCAAGUACGGAGAGGCUCCCAUGGAUCUUGACCUGAAGAAGCGUGUUCUGUCCAUCAUCAAGCACGAUCGGACAUCUGCUUCCGAACUCUCAGAGGUCAACGUCCACCUUGGCGAGACCUUUGCCGCUGCCGCCAUCCAGUUCUGCAAGGAGAACGAUGUGGACAUCAAGAGUCUCGAUGCCAUCGGCUCCCAUGGCCAGACGAUCUGGCUGGCCAGCAUGCCGGACGAGGGCAUCCCCAGGUCUGCUCUGACCAUGGCCGAGGGUACCUUCAUGGCCUCGCGGACAGGAGUCACCACCGUGACCGACUUCCGUGUCUCCGACCAGGCCGCCGGCAGGCAGGGAGCGCCGCUGAUUGCCUUCUUCGACGCUCUGCUGCUUCAUCAUCCUGGCAAGCUGCGGGCGUGCCAGAACAUUGGUGGCAUUGCCAACGUAUGCUUCAUCCCCCCAGAGGGCCCAGAGCACGCCUACGACUUCGACACCGGCCCGGGCAAUGCUCUGAUCGACGCUGUGGUUCGCCAUUACACCAACGGAGAGCAGGAGUACGACAGAGACGGUGAAAUGGGCAAGAGGGGAAAGAUCAACCAGGACAUGGUUGACCGAUUCAUGGAAAGGAUACCCUACUUCAGCUGGGACCCGCCCAAGACAACCGGCCGUGAGGUCUUCCGCGAUACUCUGGCCGACGACCUGAUCAAGGAGGGUGCCGAGCUGGGUAUGUCGGCGGAUGACGUUGUGGCUACCGUCACCAGAAUCACUUCCCAGGCCAUCGUGGAUCACUGGCGCCGCUAUGCGCCCAAGGACCGCCCAGUUGACGAGGUCUUUAUGUGCGGCGGUGGCGCAUACAACCCUAACAUUACCGACUACAUGAAGGAGCAGUUCCCGCAGGUCAAGAUGUUCAUGCUGGAUGCUGCCGGUAUUCCGGGCGGUGCCAAGGAGGCGGUCACGUUCGCGUGGCAGGGUAUGGAGGCUAUUGUUGGACGAAGCAUCCCCGUCCCAGACAGGGUCGAGACGCGCCGGCCGUAUGUCCUUGGCAAAGUGAACCCGGGAGAGAACUACCGGACGGUGAUGACGAAAGGCAUGUUGUUCGGUGCGGGACGGGCAAAGCUGGAUCACGUGAAGGAGAUGGUGAACUAUGUGGACGGUAAAGUCUUUAACAAUAAGUGGUAA